AUGGCAGCUGUUUUUGGUAAAUCUUCAACUAGCGGGAAUGAACGAAUUAAUAUAAGUCAAAGGGUUAGAGAAGUAGUUCUUGUUAAUGGAAUAGAACAAAAAGAAGAAGAACAAUUAGAAAAUUCAAGUCCUCAAAAUUCUUCAAAUUCCUCACCAAAAUUAAAUAACAAUAAAGGUCCAAUCCCUAUCGAAAAAACAACAACAAUAUUUCGAACAAUAAGUAUUGUUAGAAAAAAUAAUAAUGAGGGUGUCGCUAUAUCUACAACAAAAAGUUUUGGAAAAAUAAAUUUUAGCAGUCAAUCAUUGGAAAUAAAGUUGGUACUUCCUUGCUGCAUUAAUUCUUUGAUUUUUGUUGUUGCACAAUUAAUUGUAAUACGUGGUGGAAUUGGCUCUGAUAAAUGGGCUGGAUUUUCUGUGAUGUUAAUUUUUUGUAUCCAGUCAAUUGCCCCUCCAAUACUUCGCUUUGCUUUUAGCAAACUUUUACGAGAACAAGCAUUAUUAGCACUUGGAUUAAAAUCAUUUUUGUUAAAAAGAGGACGUUUUCGGUUGUGGACAGUUGUAGCUUCAUUUGUUAGUAAAGGAGGUGGGGGUGGUGCUGGACAAUUGGCAGCACAAAAUGCUGCAUCGAAGAGAAAUAAUUUACAUUAA